AUGAAUCGCCAAGGAGGCCCCCAGCAGACAUGGGACUGCGCGUGUGGCAGGUUUGUCAAGGGCCACCAUUGGAAGUGUCUAUGUGGUCGUCAUUGGAGUCAGCGAGUUGUCCCUCGAGGCCCUGAUCAGGAACGGCCCCGCGCGUCCAGUCGGACGCGGCAGACCAUCCGUCAGGAGCACCAGCAGAAGGAGUUGAAGCGGGAAGAGCAAGAAGUGAAGCAGCUCAUCGGCAGGGUAGCGACGAUGAAAAGAUCGGAAGCGACUGAGGCAAUGCGUUUCUUGGGGUACGAGCAGGUCCCCACGGACGUGCCAGGAAUCAAGUCGUACAAGACGAGGACGAAGCAGCGCAUGUUCGAGUUGGGAAGGCUCAUCAUCAUCAGUCGCAAGGCCGGCAAAGAUGAUCCACAGGGUUUCGUACGUGAGAUAUCGUGUCUCAAGUACAUGAUGAGCACGUGCGAGAAGCUCAAUGACCAGCUAGCCGAGUUGAAGUCGAAGCGAGAUAGGUGUCAAGAGCACAUUCGCAACCUCUCGGUGAAGCUCGGAGAGUUACAGUCCGACUACAAGCAGUCAGAGACGGACCUGUAUGCUUGGCAGGCCGCGAUAGACGAGUUAGAGGAGCUGGAGGACUACAUGGUCGGAGAAGAUGCGCCAGGAGCCCGUGGCUUCAGCACAUUCAUCCCGACGAUGCAGAUGGGGGCGGAUCCGCGUACGGAGAGGACGACAUUCCCACCGCCGCCACCAGCCCCACAGCAGCAGUGUUCAGGAGGCCCCGUGCCCAUGCAGCAGUGCAACAUGGGAUUUCCGCCAUCCAUGCCACCACCGCCUCAGCAGAGAGUUGGGCCGCCAGUUCAGCAGCCACCAGCACAGCAGCCACUGCCCCCGAGUGCUGAGGUGCAGGGGAUCGGUGAGAUGAUCAAGGUACUCAUUAAGAAACAGCAGCAGACGGACCAUCAGAUGGCCAUGUUGAUUGGCCACAUCACGGCGACCAGUGCGAGUGCGUCGGCGGAGGAGUACGAGAGGGCCAAGUCGGAGGAGGGGGCGCACGGCCAUCAGCAGCCGCCCAUCGAGGUGCAGGCCAGCCCGACGAGCAUCCCCGCGGCCCAGCCCGACACGCCCACGCCCGUGGCGGACCCAGGCAUCGAGCCCACGGAGGCCAGCCUGGUCGAUCCUGAUAGGGAUUUACUGUCCGAUGCCCACGAGCUCGGACCACUUUUGUCUACAGUGGAGAUUGAGGACCAGCGCCCUUGUUACAGCGAGGAAGUGCAGGGGCUUAAUUGCUACGCUGUAGUGUUCGGGCUUCAGCGUUUUCUGAUUGACACGGAACAGCUCGUGGCCAAGGCAUUGGAGCAAGACAGGCUGCGUUUCCUAGUUAGGAUGUUCAAGUUCGCGCCGCGAUACUUGCUGACCCUUCUUGACGUCUCCCUCCUGCAUCGGAGAAGCUGGGUCUCGGCUUUGGCCGCGAGCUUCGAUUGGUUAGUUUCUUUCAUGGAUCCUGAUUCGGUCCCUGGGACGGGGGGGCUCGACGAGUGGCUAGCUGCACUUCAGAUGGACCCCCAGCGCUUUCGGGCCACAAUCAAAACAGUCAUCCGCAGAGCGAGAGAGUGGUGGAGUGACCGACACCUGCUCCACCUGUGGGACAUCAGGGUCCACGAGGCGUUAGCAGGCACGCCCAUGGACGUGGACGCUGUGGACGUGGUGACAUCCUACAUGUGCUACGAGUGCGGCCAGCUGUUCAAGUCAGAGCGCGCACUGCGCGCUCACAGGGGAAAGCAGCACCCCAUCCCCACAUCCCCAGCCAUGAUGGCCGUUGGCACCUGCUGCUCUAUUUGUGGGUGGGACUACCGUUCUAAUGGGAGGUUGUAUAAACACCUAGCUAGGUGUGCGGGGGGCCUGGGCCGCCGGCCCCGCCCGCGGGGCACGGAGGUGGCGCUGCCCGACCAGUUCUGGGGCAGGCAUAGAGUAAAGAAGCAGGCUGACAGCGGGGGGGGAGAAGGCAAGCAGGGGUCGGCAGAGUCCUGCCACACGAAGGCCUCCGAGUGGCCCACAGCGCACAAGGCGGGCCCGCAGAAUUGGUUUGAGCUGAGCGGCUUCACACAGGAAGGCCUUUCUGUACACUUGUCGGAAGGGCUGUGCCCUUUGCUGCCGGACCUCAGGCAACUAUUUGUCGAGCAGAGCCUGCAGCAGCAGCAGGCAGCAGGCAGCGGUAUCUUGGCGAAGCUGUUCCAUGACAUGGGGCGCCCACCGUUGAGCGCGGCCGUCACGGUCGCGGCCCUGCUCGGCGCCGCGGCCAUGCGGCCGCCGCUCGACUUGGGGGGCCCGCCGGAGGAGCCCGGCGCGGCCGACGACGGUGGCACGGCGCUGGAUUGCCCAAAGGCGAGGCAGUCUGGCGCCUCGCCGUGGCGGUACGCUGUCAAGGGCCGCGAGGGCGUGGCCCUGCGGCGCCUGAAGGUGGGAGACGCGUACGAGCUGCGCUGCGACGGCGCGGUGGUGGCCGAUGGGGUCGGGGUCGAGGUCCACGUCAACCACAACCACGACCACCCGCUCGAGGGCGAGGCGGUCAUCCGCGUCACGGGCCUGGGGCGCGAGGCACUCGCCCGCACGAGCUGCCGGACCGCGCGGGUUGCCGUGCACGGGGAGCAGGGCUCGUGCAUCGCUCGGGUGCCCAUCCCUGUCGUGUCCUGGUGGCCGUUGUCCACGAGCGUGCCGCGGGUGCACUUGCAUCGGCAGCUGUACAGCUUGCCGUACGUGGGCCCGAGAAUCCACGACAUGUUCGCGCGCGUCGACGAGGAGGAGCCCCUCAUCGUGGAUGUCCUCGUGGUCCUCGCCGCUGCCCUGGCCCUCUCCGCGGCCGCCGGGCUCCUCGUGUGUGCCUGCAGGGGCGCAGCGGGGCGGGCCUCGGCGGAGGCUUUCGUGUUGCCGCCGCCCGAGGGGAUGCUGGUGCCAAGCGCGGAGCAGGUCACGCAGAAGAUCGCUCGGGGACUCUGCGAGCUCGUAGUUGCGCUGGGGAGCUCGAUCUGCUCCGGCAUCGCCAUGCGUGGCAACGGCUCCGCCAGCCUCUACCUGCUCAUGCUGCCCGUCGUCCUGGCGCCGGCUGCGCUGUGGCGGGUGGCCCUGACGUGGCACCGUGCGAACGACUUCUACCUGCACCUGUGCCGCGGGGAGAGGCUGCGCUUCGAGAGCUCGCUCGGCCUCUCGGGGCGGUUGGUGGCGCUGCUGUUGCUAGUCACAGGUGCCCGCUUUGGGUACUGUAUGGCUGCAGCGUGGUGGGCCGGUGAUACCAGCGCUCAGGCGGCGGCAAGUGGUGCUGUCGUCAACGCGUUCCUCGUCCGGGCCGCGUGGCAGGUGUUCUCGGGCAUCAUCGCCAUCGAGAACCGACUGCACUGCUGCGAGAUCAGCUGCGACGUCUUGGAGAAGGCCGACGGCGAAGAGGGCAAGGUGCCGCUCUGUCUGGCCAGGCGCGAGUACGAGCUGCUCGUGGACAGCGCCCAGGUGGAGCUUGACCUCUUCCUCCAGUGCGACCCCGAAGAUACGGCACGCCUUCAGGUCCAGUGGCCGGGGAAGCCCAUGAUCGACGAGAGCCGGACGUGCACCGCUCUCAAUCGUUUGGAGAGGGGGCGCAUGUUCCCGGCCAUGGUCAACGCUACGGUCGACAACGGCCUCUGGAGCACGGAGUACGUCUUCCGCGUGCAGCCCAUGCAGAUUCUUGCCAAGAGUCUCGUGGUCCGCGGCACGAUUGGACAAACCGAAUUCACUCGUUGCUUGCCGUGGGGCGAGCUCCCUGGCACUUCCAUCUCGCUGCCAGCGAACGUCACGGACGUCGCGCUCGAGGUGGGCACCGACACCUACGAGUUCAACUUACCGGAGGAUCUCACUGCAGCCGGCGCUGAGACCCACGACCACCACGAUUUCAUCACGGGCUUCUACGGCGGACUCCCGCCCGAGAAGUGCGACGAGGACUGCAGGCACCACCCGAGGUGCGUCGCGCACGCGAGCGUGGACGCAGGCUGCUACCAGAUCAUCGGCCCGCACGAGUGCAUGAAGCACCACGGCAGCGCCCCGCGGAACAGGGACGUGAAGGACGCCGAGGUGCGGCGCUUCCUGGAGCAGCGCACGCUGCAAGGAAGGGUCUGCUUUCUGGACAACAACUCGGCCGAGCGCUGCGCGCACAUGCGCAAGGCCAUCGGUGACGGCGUACAGUCACUGAACGGCAUCGGCAACUUGAUGACCUACAUCAACAACCGGUCGGAAGGCCUCGUGAAGCUUGCCGUCAGCACGUCUAGCGACGUUCCAGUGGAUACAUCAGCAAGUUCGGUACAGUUCUUCCGUGGGACGCCCUCCGUGCUGGCCAUGCCCGCUGAGCUUCGUUUCCCAGGAAAUGUGAAGUUGACGCCAGUGGUCAUCAUGAGCAGCAGGCCGAGCAUCAGGAUCGAGCUCCCAGAGUACGACGUGCCGACCUCCGGCGGCAACCUGCAGCUGCACCUGGUUCCCCUCCUCGAGGACCCCGGUUUUGUCGCUCUCUGGUUCGACGGCAACGCCAGCAUCGAGGCCUCUGCCACCAACGCGAGCUUCACCGAGGCGUGCAGCCAGAGCCCGGGCCUACGCAGGUUCCGGGCCUGCGGGGGGAGGCGCGCGAACGGCGGCGCGGAGAUCAGCAUCAGCCUGGACCCGUGGCGACCGCCCUGGCUCCUGAAGCUGCGCAUCGAGCCGCGACCGCCGCGCGGUCAGCGGGCCUUCGCAGGCUUUGACCCUUUGGAGCUGCCGGUGCAGAUCGGCACGGCAGGCGACGAAGAGCCUUUGCAGUGGGCGGUCCAGAAGCGGUGCGCCACCGAUGCCAACGAGAGUCUGUACACCCCGAGGGUGAUCAGGGAGCUGGCGGCUCGCUGCCGCAGCCCCCGAGCCACCGCGAAGAUGCGGCAGUUCCUCGAGACACACAAGAACGACAUGGCGGAGGUCGCCUCGGUCCUGAUGGAGGCGGGCGAGAACAACGAUUCGGAGCGCUUGUUUGAGGAGCUGAACGGCUCGAUCCCCCCGAUGGUGCUGCCUUUCCUGGCGGGCGCGCCAGAGACCGUGCUGCUGGCAGCAUGCCGCACUGUCAAGGACCAGGAGCUGCCCAGCGUCCUCGGGGCCACGCCGGAGAAAGCUCUUCCCAGCCUCGCGCCGUGCAUCAGGGACCCCAGCCGCAACAAGAUGACGCUGUUGGAAUAUGCAGCUCGCUCGCAAAGCGAAGUCGUCGGCAGGGUGGUGGGCACUGCGCUGAGCACGUUCGACGGCAAGGUGGACCUGAAGAGCAAGCUGCGGAAGGCGAAGGCCCUGGCGGCGGCGCUCGGGAAGAUGCCGCAGGUUGCCACCCUGGACCUGAGCAGCAAUGAUUUCGGGAAGGAUCCUGGCGCGGCGGCGGCCCUGGCGCUGGCGCUCGGGAAGAUGCCGCAGGUGGCCACCCUGGACCUGAGCGGCAAUAAUUUCGGGAUGGACCUGGGCGCGGCUGCGGCCCUGGCGGCGGCGCUCGGGAAGAUGCCGCAGGUGACCGCUCUGGACCUGAGCGGCAAUGAUUUCGGAAAGGACCCGGCCGUGGUCGCCGCGGUCGAGAGGAUGAAGGCGGCGCAUCCGAACCUAACCGCGAAGCUCUGAGCCUCCCCGCGACCGACGAGAGAACCGCCCCUCCGCCCGCGCGCCGCGCGGGCCCCCGAGCACGGCGCCUGGGGCCGCCCCUGCUGGCCCUUGGCGCGCUC